AUGAAGCCCAAACGUAUUGGGCUUGUAGCCCAAUUAGAAGUUUUCUCCGAGAGAUUAAAGGUGACGUUUUUGAAUUUCUCUCCGGCGAAUUUGAAUUUGCCGACGACAAUCAAACGGCCGAUGAACAAAUCGAAUUUGAGUAAAGCCAAACUUCAUCUUCUUCCUCUAAUACCCAAACUUCACCGAUCACUUUAUUCUCAUUCUAAGCAUCGUACUCGUUCUCUUCCUCAUCACAGAGACAAACCCAUAAACUGGAACUCAACUCACAGUUUCGUUCUCCAAAAUCCUCUUCUUUCACUUCUCGAAAAAUGCAAAUCUUCGUUCCAUUUGAAGCAAAUCCAAUCUCAGAUGAUAAUCACCGGCUUGAUUCUAGAUUCCUUUGCCUCAAGCCGGUUAAUCGCAUUUUGCGCCUUGUCGGAAUCUCGGUAUCUUGAUUACUGCGUGAAGAUUCUGAAAGGGAUUAAGAACCCUAACGCAUUCUCUUGGAAUGUAACGAUUAGAGGAUUCUCAGAGAUUGAGAAUCAUAAAGAAUCGGUUUUUAUCUUUAAGCAGAUGCUUAGAGAUGGUGGGUCACGACCUGAUAAUUUCACUUACCCUGUUUUGUUUAAGGUUUGUGGUGAUCUUAGGUUGAGUGGUUUAGGUUUGAUGAUUCUUGGUCAUGUUCUUAAGCUGAGAUUGGAAUUGUUUAGUCAUGUGGUUAAUGCUUCGAUUCAUAUGUUUGCUGCUUGUUGUGAGAUGGAUAAUGCAAGGAAGGUGUUUGAUGAAAGUCCUGUGAGAGAUUUAGUUUCUUGGAAUUGUUUGAUUAAUGGGUAUAAGAAGAUUGGUCAAGCGGAGAAGGCGAUAGAGGUUUAUAAGGGAAUGGAAUCUGAAGGAGUUGUUCCGGAUGAUGUGACUAUGAUUGGGGUUGUUUCUUCGUGUGCAAUGUUGGAAAAUUUGAAUCUUGGGAAAGAGUUUUAUGAAUACGUAAAAGAAAAUGGAAUGAGAAUGACGAUUCCUCUUGCAAAUGCUUUGAUGGAUAUGUUCUCGAAAUGCGGAGAUGUUCAUGAGGCACGGAGAAUAUUUGAUAACUUGGAAAACAGAACGAUUGUGUCGUGGACUACGAUGAUUUCGGGAUAUGCUAGAUGUGGGUUGCUCGAUGUUUCGAGGAAGCUUUUCGAUGAAAUGGAGGAAAAAGAUGUUGUGCUGUGGAAUGCUAUAAUCGGUGGAUCAGUACAAGCCAAGCGUGCUCAAGACGCUUUGGCAUUGUUCAAAAUGAUGCAAACAAGCAGCACAAAGCCAGACGAAAUCACCAUGAUCCAUUGCCUCUCUGCGUGUUCUCAGCUUGGUGCUCUUGAUGUUGGAAUUUGGAUCCAUCGGUACAUCGAGAAACAUAAUCUUAGUCUCAACGUUGAGCUAGGAACUUCGUUGGUCGACAUGUAUGCCAAAUGUGGUAACAUCUCAGAAGCUCGUAAUGUUUUCCAUGGAAUUCAAACAAGAAACUCGCUUACGUACACAGCGAUAAUCGGAGGCUUGGCCCUUCAUGGAGAUGCAUCUACUGCUAUAUCAUACUUCAACGAAAUGAUUGAUGCAGGGAUAGCUCCAGACGAGAUAACUUUCAUAGGGUUACUAUCAGCUUGUUGCCACGCAGGAAUGAUCCAAACCGGCCGUGAUUAUUUCUCUCAGAUGAAGUCUAGAUUCAACCUAAAUCCCCAAUUGAAACAUUACUCUGUUAUGGUAGACCUUCUAGGAAGAGCCGGGCUAUUAGAAGAAGCAGAGAAGCUCAUGGAAAGUAUGCCAAUGGAGGCAGAUGCUGGGGUUUGGGGAGCUUUAUUAUUCGGUUGCAGGAUGCACGGUAAUGUUGCAAUGGGAGAGAAAGCGGCUAAGAAGCUUAUAGAACUUGAUCCCAAUGAUAGCGGGAUCUAUGUGUUGUUGGAUGGUAUGUAUGGAGAGGCUAAUAUGUGGGAAAACGCAAAGAGAGCGAGGAGGGUGAUGAAUGAGAGAGGCGUAGAGAAGAUUCCGGGUUGUAGUUCCAUUGAGGUUAACGGAGUUGUAUCGGAGUUCAUCGUUAGGGAUAAAUCGAGACCGGAAUUUGAAGAGGUCUAUGAUUGCUUACAAUGUCUUGGUAGACAUAUGGGAGGUAGACAUAUGUUCAGUUUUGGACAUGCCAUUACUUGGAAACACAAUGUGACUGAAUUAAACUGUUAA